UGUUACCAGGCAGACGGUUAUUCCAAUAUGGCGGCGCCAAGUAACGCAGAACAAACGCAGUUGCAAGACAUGGAGGAGGACGAAGCAGGAAUGGAGGAGAAAGAGAUGGAAUCGGACGAAGAGGAGGAGGGCAUGGGUGUAGAAAAUUCAGACGACGAACAGGACGACUCGUCGGAGGACGAGAAGGAAAAUGAAGCCGAAAUCCAACGUUUGGAGGAGCAGCUUUCGAUCAACGCUUUUGACUACAACUGUCACGUGGAUCUCAUCAAACUUCUGAAACAGGAGGGAGAACUUUUCCGUCUACGAAAGGCGAGGCAGAAAAUGAGCGAGCUCUUCCCUCUCACUGAAGAGAUCUGGCUGGACUGGCUCAAGGAUGAGAUCCGGCUGACUGAGGAGGAUUCAAAGAGAGAGAAUGUAUAUGAGCUCUUUGAGCGAGCCAUCAAAGACUAUAUCUGUCCAGACAUCUGGCUUGAAUAUGCCCAGUACUCUAUUGGUGGCAUGGGGUCGCCAGGUGGCAUGGACAAGGUGAGGUCCAUUUUUGAGAGAGCGGUAACAGCUGUGGGACUUCACAUGACCAAGGGGCAGAUGCUGUGGGAGGCUUACAGAGAAUUUGAGAACGCAAUUUUGUCCACAGUGCAGCCUCCUCCUGGCAGGACUCCCAGCCGCGAGGAGCAGGAACUGCUCAACAGUCAGCUUGAGCGAAUCCAUACACUGUUCCGCCGCCAGCUGGCCGUUCCUUUAAUCGACAUGGAAGCCACGUAUGCUGAAUAUGAGGAGUGGUCUGAAAACGGCGUGCCUGAGACGGUCAUACAUCUGUACAGAAAGGCUUUGCAGCAAAUGGAAAAGCGCAAAUUUUGUGAAGAAGCUCUGCUAGUUGCAGAACCUCCUAAGUUGUCAGAAUAUCAGGCCUACAUUGACUUUGAACUAAAAGAGGGCGACCCAGCACGGAUCCAGAUAACCUUUGAGCGGGCUCUGGCAGAGAACUGCCUGGUACCGGACAUGUGGACCAAAUACGCCACAUAUCUUGAUCGUCAGCUGAAGGUCAAAGACUUGGUUCUCUCCACUCAUGAGCGAGCUGUCAGAAACUGCCCCUGGACCAUGAGUCUGUGGAAGAGCUACUUACUGGCCCUGGAGAGGCACGGAGCUGACCAUCACACCGUGUCAGAUGUUUUUGAGAAGGCGUUGAACGCAGGCUUCAUCCAAGCAACAGAUUAUGUAGAAAUCUGGCAGGCGUUCCUCGACUACCUGAGGAGACGUGUGGAUUUCACUAAAGAAUCAAGUAAAGAGUUAGAAGAGUUACGAGCAGCCUUCUCUCGGUCUCUAGACUACAUGAAACAAGACGUUGAAGAAAGGUUUGGUGAAAGUGGAGAUCCCUCUUGUGUCAUUAUGCAGACUUGGGCAAGGAUAGAGGCCCGCCACUGCAAGAACAUGCAAAAAGCCAGAGAACUGUGGGAUAAUAUCAUGACGAAAGGGAACGCUAAAUAUGCCAACAUGUGGUUGGAAUACUACAACUUGGAAAGGGCUUAUGGGGACACUGCUCACUGCAGAAAGGCUCUUCACAGAGCUGUGCAGUGCACCUCAGACUACCCAGAACACGUCUGUGAAGUCCUGCUCACAUUUGAGAGGGUAGAUGGUUCUUUGGAGGACUGGGAUACAGCGGUGCAAAAAACAGAAACGAAGCUGAACAGAAUUAAUGAACAACGAGCAAAGGCAGCCGAGAAAGAAGCCAACCUGGCACGCCAGGAGGAGGAGAGGAUUGAGCAACGGCGGAAGGCCAAAACAGACAAGAAGGCUCAGAAGAAGACCCAGAAGGGCAUUCGUGCUGGGGAGAAGAGAAAAGCGGAACAAGAUCAUAAUCAGGAUGAAUGGAAUAAGGACUCUGCUCCUAAAAGGCAGAGAGCAGAUGGUGGCAACAAUACAGACGAGUACAUGGAAACAGAGACUGGACUUUCUGGGAGGAAUGCUCCCCCUGGAUAUAAACCUGCUCCAGGCAGCACAAAACACCCCCAGCAGGCUCCGUUGGUUUCCUCUCAGAGACAGAACGACGACAAGCCAGAGCUACGAGACGACAGCUCCAGUGUGUUCAUCAGCAACCUGACGUACACCCUGGAGGAGCCCGAGGCAAAGCUUAAGACACUUUUCGAGAGCUGUGGUCCAAUAAAACAGAUCCGACCCAUCUUCAGCAACAAAGGGAGUUUCAAAGGUUAUGGCUACGUGCAGUUCGAGUCUGUGGCAUCAGUCCCCGAGGCUCUGAAACUGGACAGACAGGAAGUGGAGGGCAGGCCGAUGUUUGUGUCACCUUGUGUGGACAAAAACAAAAAUCCUGACUUUAAGGUUUUUAAAUACAACACUUCAAUGGAAAAACACAAAAUCUUCAUCUCUGGGCUGCCGUUCUCAUGCACUAAAGAGCAACUGGAGGAACUCUGUAAAAGUCACGGCACCAUCAAGGACAUUCGUCUCGUCACAUAUCGCUCUGGAAAACCGAAGGGUCUGGCAUAUGUGGAGUUUGCAGAUGAAACUCAGGCGUCUCAGGCAGUGCUGAAAAUGGAUGGCACUGAAGUGGAAGGCAACAAAAUCUCUGUUGCUAUAAGUAACCCACCACGUAGAAACCUGAUGGAUAAGGCUGGUUCCAGCAGGCCCAUGGCAGACUUGAUGCCUCGCCAGGUUUAUGGAGCGAGAGGAAAAGGUCGAACUCAGCUGUCUUUGCUUCCUCGUUCCCUGCACCGUCAAACGGCGACCGCAGGCAAAGUCGAGAACGGGACCGCAGCUGAGCAAGCGUCGGCGUCCGUCAACACGGCAGAGCACGCAGCUGGAGAUCCGAGGUCUCUGUCGAAUUCAGACUUUGCCAAGAUGCUUCUCAACAAGUGAGACGAGCUGGAGAAAUACAACCGCCUUUCCUACUGAAAGCCAUCCUGUGUCCUUACAAACUAGUGUUGGUAAUUUUUCUGUAAUUGUUUACCUGAUAGACCCUUUAAUCUCAGCCAGAUUAUUAUUCGUUCUGCAAGAUUGCCUUAACUGUCAUCCUCCUGCCCUCCAUCACACACCCAGUGUGACAGGUUGUUGAAUGCGGCUGCCAAGUUAUUUUAUAAAAAGUGUAUCAUAUUUGUGUGUAAAUAUACUGUAUUGAAAGUUGUUGCUCAUGUUCUUUGAUUUUGUUUUGUGCUGUUAAAGGGAUCUGACAGACGAUUAUGCGAGAGUAUAUUUUUAAGAUUUCAAAGCAGCUAAACUUGUGAAUGUUAAAAAAAAAGGUAUAUGCAAAAGCUCUGAUAUGGUGGUGUAUUAUAGUUGCUGUGUGUACAUAAUGUUGAUGUGCUGCAGUGAUGAAAACAUGUUCUCUGGCUGUUUUAAAGGAAUUAAGGUUUUUGUUGUGUAUGUUAGAGAUCUGAGCAAGAACCAUGAGGUUUAUUUGACAAAUAAAUCUUUUUAGUUUGAUAUAAUACAGAAAGUAUCCUCCGCUAUAAAUCACCAUUUUGUUGUUUAAGAGUACAGCUGAAUCAUCAGAGUUCUUAUUGGUCAACUUUUUUUUGUACAAGAGCUGCCAAGAUUUUUUACUUCUCAUGCUAAACAGUUCCAAGAAUAUUAUCUCUUCUCUGUAUUGAGUCAUUUAACUUACCGAUUGUGUUCAGGAACAAAACAUCCUGAAUCAAAUCUGUUGCGUUUCAGACGUCCGCUUGAUUCCUGUUUCUGACUCGGAGACCAGAUGAACCAGAUUUCGUGCUGUGAAAUUCACAGGUUACAUGUGAAGAUGCUAGUAAUGCUAAUUAGCUUAUUUUCUUCUUUUUCUGUAGUUGAUACUCGCUUAUUGUCCAGUUUGUCCAGUGGUGUAGAUACCCAACUAAGUGAAUCAUUUUAUUUUUUAAAUUUUAAUUCAUGUCAACUGAAUUAUUUCCAGCAUACAUAAACUGGAGCUGUUUUGAGUUUUUUAAAUACGGGGGGAAAACAUGGUAAUUUUUCAUAAAGCCCUGUAAUCAAACAUUAAUUUGCAAGAAAAUAAAAAG